AUGACUACUCAAGCAACCAUCACGCCGCUAGCUCCUGCUGCUGGCUCGGCCAUCGAUUUUGGAGCUGUCGUCUCAAACGUUGAUAUCGAGAACCUCACUGAUGCCGACUUUGAAGUCAUCCGUGAAGCCCUCUUCAAGCACCAAGUCCUAGUCUUCAAGAACCAGAGCCACGUCUCCCCCAAGGCGCAAUAUGCCAUCACCCAGCGCUUCGACCCCGAGGCCGGCGCAAACUACGGCCACGGCAAGACCCUCGACGCCAAGCGCUCCAUCCUUCACCCGGACCUGAAGACCAUCCCCCAUCAACCUCAGGUGCAGGUCAUCGGCAAUGGCUUCGUAGAAGAGUACGAGGGCCUCAAGAACAUCCAGCUUCGCCACCCUCACCACCGCACUUUCCAUGCCACGACAAUCCCCGCCGAAGACGAUCUCGACUUCACCCGCUUCUACCGCUGGCACAUCGACGCGGCCCUCUACGGCCUCGCACCGCCCGUCGCCACAACCCUCCUCGCCGUUCGCGUGCCGGGCGGCCGCAAGCAGACCCUCCGCUACGACGACGGUACCGGCGAGGAAAUGACCGUCCCGCUGGGUACCACAGCGUUCGUGUCGGGGUACGCAAUGUACGACAACCUCUCACCCGCCGACCAGGAGUUCGUCCGCACCACAAAGGUCGAAUACGCCCCCCACCCCUACGUGUGGAUGAGCAGCGCCAAGUCCCGCUCCGACGGCCUCGGUCUCGUCUCGGAAGGCAAGGAGGUGCCCCUGAACGACCUGCCACCCAUCGAAGAGGAGAAGAUCCAGAUCCUGCCGAUGUGCUGGCGGAACCCGGUCACGGGCCGGCUCGCGCUGCAGGUCCACCCGUCCGCGAUCCGGAAGCUGCACUUGGCGGACGGCUCGGUGGUGGAGAACCUCGCGGAGGUCCGGGAGACGGUGCACCGGCUGCAGAGGCCGGGCAUCUCGCCCGCGAACGUGUACGCGCAUGAUUGGGAGCAGGGCGACUUUGUCGUCUUCCACAACCGCGGGCUCAUCCACUCCGUCGUUGGCGCGUUUGCCGAGGACGAGGUUCGGUUGUUCCGGCAGUGCAACAUCGCCGGGAGCAAACUUCCCGAGGGGCCCGUCGAGGUCGCGGCGGCUGUGUGGGGUGUUCUUCACAUGAUUUCUAUUAGCGUUUAG